AUCUGACAGUCUAAAUACUAAUAUUUAUCAUUUAUCGAUUAGUCAACGAUAAUAACUGAAUUACAAAAACUGUGCUGGUAUAUUAUUUUGGUGUUUUGCAAGUUUGGAAACAUAUCAAUCUCAACUUUCUAUUUUCUGCCUGAGCUUGCUUUGAUAUGGAUGUAACGAUCGUGUAAGUUAUUUACAAGCAUGAAUGGUGAUCAGAGUCCUGGAAGUCCUUUAGAUCUCAGUGAUCGCGAACAAGCUGUAUUAAUGGAUCCUAUAGAUCAUGAGAGAUGUAGAUAUCCUUACUGCAUCGUUUGGACCCCUAUACCCGUUCUAACAUGGAUUUUCCCAUUCCUUGGGCACAUGGGAAUUUGUACUUCAAAUGGAGUCAUCAGGGACUUUGCAGGUCCAUAUUUUGUAUCAGAGGAUCUGAUGGCUUUUGGUAACCCUACCAAGUACUGGCAACUCUCCCCACAGAAGGCAGCAAAUGGACAGGCUGGCUGGGACACGGCUGUCGCAGAAGCAUCUGAGAUAUACAAAAAAAGGAUGCAUAUAAUAUUUUAUGAUAACUGCCACUCGCAUGUGGCCACCGCUCUAAACAUCAUGAACUAUGGAGGCUGCAAAAACUGGAACAUGGUGAAACUGGCAUUCUAUAUGAUACCUUAUUCAAAAUAUGUCAGUUUUGGAAGCUUUUUGAAGACGUGGCUGCCUUUUCUUAUCAUUGCGGCCUUCAUAUGUAUCUUAGCAGCAAGAAUUUAAGAUUGCAUUAUAAAAAUCUCAUUGGUCUAUCUUUAAUUUCUUUGUUGUUUUACUUAUAUGUAUGUAAAGCAUGAAAAAGCACAAUCUGCAGUUUUUAAAUAGAAAUUAUUGCCAAUGUGUUAAGGCUGUGAUGGCUCUGUAAUAUGGAAGAAAAAAUUGUGUUUUACCACCAUUAUUAAUUUAUUAAUUUUUGGUUUUCUUAUAUUUUGGUUGAGGAAAUCAAAAUCCAGAUUUAUUGGAAAGUAUGGAGAGUUGAAAGUUUUUGAAAAUAUUUCUUGAAUGCAUUAAAAUGUAUUACAAACACAUAUUGUGUUAAGUUUGUAACUUUGACUCACUGUUUUACAAUAUAUUUCAAUAUUAUAAGUAGGUUUUACACAAACACAAUGGUGUAUUUAUUAAUUAUUCAUUAGCCUUGGGGCCAAUGUCUUAGUUAUCAUCUACCAUUUUAAUAAUAUCAUUAUGUAAACGUAUUUCCUAAUAUUAUAACUAUUAUAUAAACCUCAACUGCUUGAGUACAUUUCUAUUUUAAUCAUAUGAAAGUAACUGAUAGCAAUGGCUCAAGCACAGUUUCAAUUAUGGUAAGGCGAGGCGACUUUUCAUUUGUAGACCGAUUGAAAUAAAAGUAUAACUGGUGGUCAUCCGCCAUUGCAAUAUGAUAUACACAUGGACACUCAAAUAUUAUUAAUAUGAAUAGAUUUCAGAAUUAUGGAACAUAUACAUAAAGCGAGCCUUAAGAGUUUUCUUGGGAGAGCUAAUCUUGUUUCUCACAUUCUUCUCCAGUUUGAUAUCUUUUGACAUUGGCGCAUAGAGACCACUACUAAGGCUAGCUAUAAAAGCUGCUUUAUUGUUAGAUAAUUUCGUUUAUAAGUAGUAAGUUUGACUACUUAAUCUUAUUUUGAAAGAUAAUAAUGUGUAUAUCUUUAUAUUAUGGUGCUUGUGAAAUUAUAUACUGAUGUGUUUAUGUACUUCCAAGAUAUUCACAUUGCCAAAUUCAUCUAUGGGUACUUUAUAUUAUACCUAUCCAGUCACACUAUUUUACUUCUAGCACUAUAUAGGAGGUGAUGGUGAUGAAGUGAUCUCAAUUCAAUGAUGAGACUAUAUUUUAUAAAAUAAAUAAUCUACUUCUUAAUAGAUAUUUAUUAGAUGUUUGUACACUUGUCUGACAUAUGACAUACUUAAAUAUUCAUUUAUUAAGAUUAAAUUUAUAAUUUACAUAUUCAGUGUCGCUAACUCACCUCGUAAGGUGAGAUCAGUUGAAUGUAUGUAACUUAUGAGAAAUGUGUUAAUGUCUUAAAUUAUAUAAGUUUCAACUUUUCAAGUAAUUUAUAACUUUAUCAAUCUUAAACUUUGUGUACUUUGUGUUUGAUAGUGUUUAAUAAUGUUAAACGGGUUUGAAACAAAUAAAAAAA